ACACUAACCAACUUGAACCGUAAUAACAUUCCGGAUGUCUUUUCCUCCUAAUUUGCUUGAAAAUUUCGUGAGACGCGUGAUCUUCUUCGCCCUGAGCAAUAAAUCUUGGGGUCCAAGACAAAACCGUGUUAUGUGUUAACUUGUUUGAUCAGUCUCAAUAUGUAUUAUCUACUUCAAAUGUCGAAAACCAAUUCUUUCCAAGUAAAAGUCAAUCCAUACGAAUCCAAGUAAACCCAUUUUUAUAUAUAUAACUCAUACUCAGGCGAUCCAAAAAGAGCAAACGACAUUACCACAUAUACUUUUUAGUACAAAGAAAGAAACAAAUUGAACUUUCUUUAAGUUCAAGAGAGACUACAAAGUUAAGUGAUGAUGAUGAAGAAACAAGUGAUCUUUGGAGUGAUUUUGCUUGCCAUUUUUGUGAUUUUCUUGGACUCCACACAAGUAGGAGCCACGAGGCUGUUACGAACCACCUUUGAUAGUGAGAUCGUGUUCGAGUCGUUGCAGAAGGGUACGGUCCCUGGUUCUGGUCCUAAUGGUUGCUCUAACAUCCCCAGAGGCUCGGGUUCGUGCCACGGAUGAUCCCUCUCGUGAAGCUUCAAGCUUGAUCCCAAUGCCCAAAUUUGGGCUAUGUGUGGAAUAUUUUUUUAUUCAUUUUUUUGUUGUAUACGAUAAAUUAUGCUUUAACUGUUGUUCUUGUAAAUUGUAACAUA